CAAAUCAAUCGGACAGGUAAGACUUAAAAAAAAAAAUAACAAUGAUAAUGAGUGAAAGGAACUCACAUGGAGUAUCGUAUAUCCGAUAUGUCAGAAGCAGUUGGAAAAUUACGAAUUGCAGUCAGACUUGCAUCACUCUGUAAAUUUGUCGAAGACGGUCGUAGAUUGGAAAAAAUGGAAACCUCUAAGAAUCAUCGCAUUCGAGAUUUCCUUCCUCACAUAAGGCCUUCGUAUUUAUCCGUCUUGUUGGUGUUUAUUUCUGGGAUUUUAUUCCUCCGGAAUGACGCAACAAAUCAUCGUGUGUUCCUGCUGGAACAAAAGAUCAUCAGUCUCACAAAGGAUUGCAACCCUCCCGAGAUAAAAGCUACACAAAGUGAGGAGAUGGUCGUAACACUUAGCGGCGAAAAGGGUAAACAACGUGGAAUGUCUCCGCCGCAGUAUCUUGAAUUCUCCUUUUCAACAGAGUCCUAUGAAGAGUCUUCCAAAGGUUCUGCUCAAAGAUUUCGUAGAAGUACCACAGAAAAUAAUACGGUGGGACUCGCUAUUGAAGAUUUACGUCGCGAGAUUGCCUUCCAGUUAGGACUUUUCCUUCCAAGUGAAUACUGCCGAUCAAAUGAGAAGGUAUGUCCCGCUGGUUCCCCCGGACGUCCUGGUCCAAAAGGUCCAAAAGGACCUCGUGGGAGGAGGGGGCCGAAGGGGACAAGAGGAAAAAAGGGAAUUCGAGGUGAUAUUGGCUUACCUGGAAUUCACGGCAAGCAAGGAAUGAUAGGACCCACUGGACCAAGAGGAGUGAAAGGGGAAUGGGGCGAGCCGGGACCGAAAGGAGAUGUUGGAAUUCCUGGGAAUCGAGGAAUACCGGGAGCAAUGGGUAGUCCUGGACCAAGAGGAGAGAAAGGAGAGAAGGGAGAUUCUGGUGAGAUGGGAAUUCCUGGUCCCCCCGGUAUUCCCGGUCGAACGGUUUCUGCGCCGGAAGCAGUUUUAUUUCCAUUCACAACUGUAAUCAACGAAGGAGAAAGCGUGAGCUUUAAUUGCACGGUUAGUGGAAAUCCAGCACCCAAAGUAACAUGGAAAUUUGAGGGCAAAAGACUAUAUUCGGGAUUAAAGUAUACCAUAGACAAAGAAUUACUGAUCAUCAACGAGCUGAAGUUCAAUGAUACUGGUGUUUACUCUUGCGUUGCAGCUAGUGCCUUGGGAUUCGAUGAGGCAUUUGCAAAUCUCACGGUACGAGCGGCACCAAUCUUCACCAAGAAACCUCCAGCAGUUACUAUGCCACUUGAAAGCAUGGAUUUUUUUGAAACAUGCCAGGCUGAAGGUUUCCCUCGUCCAGUUUCAAACUGGACACGACUUCUUCAGCCACUACCUCCCAGAAGGACCGAAGCAAAGGAAGGAGAUCUCACCAUUAAAAACCUGAGUACCACUGACAGUGGACUAUAUGAGUGUACAGUGACAAACACCAUGGGUGUUAAGAGGGCCAGGAUGAAUUUGGUUGUACAAAAAGGAGUGCAUUGUAGCUGCUGGCGUUCAAGUGAAAAUUAUCCAAGAGUUCGACGUUCCUAUGGAAGAAGUUCUUCUGUUGAUGCCUUCGAUUUUCAGACGAGUGGAAAUAUAAUAUUGCGCGGCUAUCAUCUGUGGAAAGAUGACAGAUUGUUUCCUAAUCACACCUUCACCAUCGAGCUCUACCAAGGAAACACAACUGUGGCCCAGAAGUUUCAUACUUAUGAUACAAGAUUUUCGCGUAAGAAAACAUUUGAGGUGUAUUUUGCAAAAGGAAUCCUUUUGCAGCCAGGUUUAAACUAUACUGCUGCAAUAAGAAUGAACGGAAGAAAGUAUAGCGUGGCAGUAAAUAGCGCCAUUAAAAACAAUUUCUGUUCUGGAGCUAAUGUCAAUUUUAGAAAGUCCUCUUUUGGGGGACCAUUUUCAAGUUCUGAUGUGCGUCAAAUACCGGCUCUUAUCUUUCUCAGUUUAAAAUGCUGAAUGAAAAAUCUGUUUUGGUAUUUUUCGAAGUAAAUUAAAAGUAGCGGGCUUCUAUUAUAUCAUUUGUAGUAGUUGUUUUCAUAACAUUGUCUAGAUGUGACACAGAUGCAUUUUUUUUUUGACAACUAGGAUAAAUAAUUUUGAAAAUAGUUCGCCGAGACAAAUGGCAAGAGUAUAUUUCAUGAGACAUUUUAAUCUGAGGGCUUUAGGAACCGCUGAAAUUGUCUUUUAAUCAAAGCCUACAAAGUAUCCAUGCAGUCUUGAAAACGAAGUAACGAGUCUUUUUAACAAAUGGUAAACACCACAGCGUACACUAUUUAGUUAUGGAUGCACGCGGGAGGUUGCUAAG